AUGUCUCAACAAGAGAACCAGCCGAACCCCUCCUACCUCGACCUCGGCAUUACGCUCGCAAUCCACAACUGGCCCGCUCUCACGCUAGCCGUACAGUCGAACUGGGGCGGCCCAACGUCAUCCGAUAAGCGCGAUUGGCUCUGCGGUGCCAUUUCUGACAUGCUGAAUGAUCGGCCGGAGACGGAUGCGGAGGAUCUCGAGGACGUGCUCAUCCAGGUUAUGAAUGAUGAGUUUGACGUGGUUAUUGACGAUGAGAGCGCGGUGCCUGUUGCGGCUGAGAUUAUGGAGGUGAGGGAGUUGGUGGCGAAAGGCGAUAUCGGUCCUAUUAAGCAGAUGUGGGAGAACUACCAGACGAAGAGUCAGCAGAAGGCUAGUAAUGUUGCGGCGGCUUUUAAGAGGGGCGAGGAUGAGGACCAGGAUUCUGAGGAUGAUGAUGAGGAGGAUGAGGAGGAUGUUGAUAUGGGGGAGGCUCCUGCUUUGGUUAGGGCUCCGAAGGAGAAGGUUGAACCUGAGGUGGAUGAGGAUGGGUUUACUAAGGUUGUUGGAAAGAAGAAGCGUUGA